GGCCUGUGUUAUUAAAAACUUGUUAGCCAAAACGAACCUGUUUCAAAUUUAUUCUAAGGUCAAGUCCACUAUGAGCAUUAACAUAAAAAAAUGUUUUUUUUAAUCAGUUUUACCCGUUUUUUCCUUUUUUGUCACAACAUUAAGUGUAUAAAUACAACUAACAAAAGUAGCACUGUUUUAGUAAAUCUAAAAUAUGAACCACAAAUACCUUAACAUCACGUCUGCCUUGAUAUGGGUUUUAUUUAUUAUAAUUAUGUAUUUUAUUAUAAAAUACAAUUGGAGUAGACGCUGGCUCUACUAUUAUGGGUCUAAGAUAGACGGACCCUUCGGUUGGCCCGUCAUAGGAAGCGCCCAUUAUUUCAUCGGAGGUCAAAAAGUUUUCUUUAAAACUUUGACGAAACUCUUAGAACCAUAUCCUUCAGUUGCAAAAUUUUGGUUCGGUAACAAUUUAAUAGUGUCAGUUUCACAACCUGAAGAUGUGGAAAUUAUUUUGAAUAAUUGUCUCAAGAAACCGAUAAUAUAUAAUUUUGCUUUAAGCUUUCUUGGAAAUGGGCUUCUAACAUCACCAGUUGAUAUUUGGAAAAGCAGAAGGAAAAUGAUUAAUCCGACUUUUAACUCAAAAAAUUUAAAUUCGUUCAUGGAAAUUUUUGGAAAACAUGCAACUCACUUGGCAAAUAGACUUGACGAAAACUGCGGAAAAGAAUCGUUUGAUGUUUUAUCAAAAUUGUUUAGUUGCACGUUUGAUAUUGCUUGUGAAACGCUUGCUGACGAUAAUAACACUAUAUUACAUGACAAAGAAACCUUCCUUCGAAAAUUAUUAAGAAUAGAAGAUCUUCUAAUGAUUCGUAUAUGUUCUAUUUGGUUUUAUAUAGAUUUUCUGUGGAAUAGAUCUUCGCUUUGUAGAGAAAUGAACAAAACGUGUAAAGAAGUCUAUGCUAUUGCAAAACAACAAUUUCAGGUAGUUAAAUUUAAAAAAUCAAGUUUAAACCAAAAUCCAGACGAUGGUAUGGAUAAUUUUUACGAUGUGGUAUUUUUAUUCCUUUUAGUUUUAGACAACAUUCACAAAGAAAAACGAUUUAUAAAUCAUUUGUUAAAAUUGAGCAAAACAAAUACGGAAAUUGAUGAAACAGCUUUAGAAGAUGAACUUCAAACUAUUCUAAUUACUGCUAGCGAAACUACAGCUCUUACAGUUGGAAUCACUUUAAUAACUUUAGGGAUAUAUCCAGAAAUACAAGAAAAAAUUGACCAAGAACUUGAUAUGAUUUUUGGCAACGAUGAUAGAGAACCAACUUUAGAAGACGUUAAUAAAAUGGAGUACCUAGAACGGGUUAUUAAAGAGACUUUAAGAUUACUUUCGCCUGUACCAAUUAUUGCAAGAGCAACUGACCGAGACAUAAAACUUGAUUCUUGCACAAUCCCCACUGGAAGUUUUGUCUUGAUUCCGAUAUAUCUCAUUAGCAGCAAAUCUGAAUUUUGGGAAGAACCAAAUAAAUUCGAUCCUGAUCGAUUUUUACUAGAAAAUAGUUCGAAUCGCCACCGUUGUGCGUUUAUUCCCUUUAGUUUGGGUCCUAGAAAUUGCGUGGGCUUCAAAUUCGCCAUGAUGUCAGUGAAAGUUCUGUUGUCGACAAUUUUAAGAAAGUACACCAUUAAACCAUCUGAAUAUAAAAAGUUGGAAGAUGUCAAAAUUAUCGUUGGUAUAGUGGCGAAACCAGUAUCAGGCUACAAGAUAAAAUUAGAGAAAAAAAUUAUUGAGAAGUGAAAAUUUCGAAAAAAUAAUAAUAUAUAAUAAAAUAAAAUAAAAUAUUUUUAUUUUAUUUAGAAAAUCAAAUAGGGAUUAAGAAUCUUAUUGCUUAUUUGCAUAUUUAUGCGACUUUUAGCACACCUUUAAAAAUAUGCAGUAUCAAACCAAACUAUCUAAAUUAAACUUUUUGAAUUUUAUUUGUCGUCUUAAGGAUUGGUAUCCAAAAAUUUGUGAAAAAAACAUACGUAAAUAAAUAAAAUAAAAACGUAGUCAAGAAAGUGUUUGAAAGAAAAAGAUUAUCGUAAAGCCUGUUUUUUAUUUAAACGGAAAUUACCAGGUCAAAAUUUAAAAAAAAACAUACUUUACAAUACAUAUCUAUACCUACGUACAGGAUGAGUCUUAACUUAUACGGUUAUUUUUAGAGUAUGAUAGGUUAUGCCAAAUAAUAACUAAUAGUGAAAAAAAAUUUAAUAAGUUUCUUAGUUACCGAGAUGUAGGUAUCUUGUUAAUAACACUAUUAGACUUUAAAAUUUUAGAUAAUUUGGGCUGAUGACACCAAUGCCGGCAUCACAUUUGUUUAUGCCAUGCCUGUCAAUAGCUAAGUGAGUCGAUUUUCUUUGUUUUGGUGGGGUUAAGUGAGUGGUAUUUUUAUUGAUAUUCGACGAAAAUAAAUAAAGUUAAAUUUAACUUAUUUUUUAUUUUUUUUACUUAUUAUUGAUCAUAACCUUUCAUUCCUUACGUUAAUGCGUAUAAAUUAAGACACAUCCUGUAUAGUGCAUUUUUCAAUUUGUAAACAUUAUGGUGAAUUUGAUCCAAUUUGGAUUUUACGGAGAUAAGUAAUAUGAAUGUAUCAAAGUCAACGCCAAAGGUUUAUUAAAAACGGUCAAAACUCUUGCCAUCACCAGCCAAAAUUUAGAGCUCUAAUUACAAAAAAUUAUGACACUAGAAAUAGAAAAUUACAUUAUUCCUGUGUGGAACUACUAGUUAAAGGAAUAAGUGCAUCACGUUUUCACGUUCUCGUUCAGCGUUUCAACAUAAAUCGCAUUCAAAUCGAACAUAAGUUGUAAUAACAAAGCUUGUC